AUGGAAAGGUACCAAGUUGGUUCAGUAGAAGGACAUGUUUAUAUUUAUAAGGAAGACGAUGGAAGAGAUAAUGAAUUACCAAAGUGGUAUGAAGCCCCGACUUUAAAAUUGAUUUAUUAUUUAUUAUUUAAAAAUAAAUUUCAUAAUAAAAAUGUUCCUCAAGGAAUUAAUACUUAUGAAUUGAUUCCUAACCCUAUUUCUACUGGACAAGUAUCUCAACCUGCACCAGGUAUAAAACCCAAAAGGAAACAAGUUAAGAACGCUUGUGCAUGCAAGAAAUGUGACGAUGGUAGACCAUGUCAACGAUGUAUUAGAUAUGAAUUAACCGAAACUUGUCGAAAUUCUAUUCGAAAAGAGAGAAAGAAGGGUAUUAAACGAGUUACUUUACAAUUGCCUAAUUUUCAAUUUCAAACUGUAGCGAUGCAACCAGCAACUCCAAAUACUAUUAUUCCUUCUAAUUUAGGACAGUUUGUAAUGAUUCCUGCAACUACUGGAACAACUUCUUAUUAUGUUCUCAAAAUUUAUCCUUUUCCUUCUAUUACUACUAUUUCUUCUUCUUGUGAAUCAAAUAUUGAAAAAGAUCAUUCAACAACAACAACAAUUGAUUAUCAAACUUCAUCACCUUCAACUUUCUCAAUUGGCGAACAAAUGAAUGUUUUUAAUCAUCCUCAUCAACCUUAUUAUCACUCUCAUCAUCCAAUAGAUUUUUCUAGAGUUCAUCAUCGUCAUGAUCAACUUCCUAGAAAUGCGGCGGUUGCAACGAUAGAACAAAUUAAUAGUCAAAAUUCAUUAUAUACUACUGCAAAUUCUACUACAAGAUUUAUUGAUUCAUUUGAUAAAGAAUUGGCCACUAAACUAGAUGAAGAACUUAAAUAUGAGAAAGACAGUGAUUCUUCUGUUCCAACUCCGGAGUUUAUAAAGAAAUUUUUAUCCCAGAACCCAUUUAAAAUAGAAGAUAAACCUGGGGCUAAUGAAGUUGCACUUUCAAGAACUUUUGGUAACGAAAGAAUCCGUUUGCUCUUUGAUGUUAAUACUUCAGAACAACCAGCAGAACCUAUUUCAUUCCCUGGUGAUGAUGAAGAGGAGGACGAUGAGGCUGGUAAAGGGGCAUUAGGAUUCGAAUCUUUAGUUGCUGAUGGUGUUUUCCUUAUAAAUUAUGUUUCAUAUUAUAAAGAUUCUAAAUUGGCGGUUCUUUUCGAAAAAUAUUUGGAAGAACGUGGAAUAAGUACUUCGGUUGCUCUUUUCAUUCCAAAUUAUGUUGAAUAUAAAGAACAAAAAGAAUAUGUUUCGUGGUUAGAGAAUUAA